GAGAAGUGACGGCACAAAGUCACCAGAGUACAUUGGGGAACCUAGAUUUGAAAGGAGGUUUUAGAAAUCAGCAUUGUGCAAGGCAUACUAGCUGUGAGGUAGGACUUGAUGGUCUAGUUUCUCAAUGUGGUCCUCAGUGCCUGGUUUGCAACCAACUGAGGAGUUUCUUACAGAUCCCGGCUUCCAGGCCCCACCCACAUCUACUGAAUAGGAAUCUCUUAGGCUAGAUUUCAGGAAUUUAUAUUUUUCAGAAGCUUUCCUAGGGAUGCUUAUGCACAUCAAAGUUUGAGCACAGGUGCACACACACGCAAAAAUGCUCUGGCAUCCAGAGCAGGGAGGAGAUAGCUCUAAGGAGCCUUCAUGGAGAAGGCAGCAUGGAGUUUGUCUCCGAAGGCUGGAGAGAUUGGGGAGGAGGGACCCCAUAUCAGGCUCCGCUGAUAAGAGGAUUCAAGCUUGGGCCUUUCACUAUCUCUCUGCAUUGUGGUCAUCAUUGUCCUUCCUCAUCAACCUUUCCAAUUUUCUCUUCAGCCUCCUCCCAAAACUUCAACAGCCUUUUCUCUGACUUUGCUCAAUAUAAUUUUCUGCAGUCUGGGAACAGGGAGAUGGUGCCCACACAGAGAUGGAUUAGCAUGUAAAGGACACACACAUAUAGGGCAGACAAGUAGAGGGCACUCAGUCACAGGCAGACAGGAAGGGGCAGAGAUGGGUAAACAAGAAAAGGAUACAAAAUGACAAGCGGACAGGGAAGGACAGGCGCACAGCAGAUCAUUACAAGCAGACAUAAAUGGGCUGGAAAAGGACACCUAUAAACAUGGAUGGAAAGGAAGAGCACUUACAGAUGUAACAAGGUCACACCCAAAGCCAUAAGAGACAAAACUCACAGACGUAAAGGAAUGCAAAGGACCCCUGCAAAUGGAUAGGUGGGAGGCACACCCAGGUAGGACGGACUCAAGUGAUUCCUCAGAACGGUAGCCCUUUACCCCACUGAGCUGAGAAGGGAUUAACCUCAAGUACCUGGCCGGGGCUGCCAGGGCCUUGCCCAUCUUUGUCUCACUGGUUGUUGCAGAGGGAGGCCAGGCCCCAGGCUCCAGGGUAAGGUGUGCUCCUGGAUGUGCACCCCAAUCCUGGUGAGGAAGAUCACCUCCUCCUUCUUACAUCACAUUUAUUUCAAAUCUUAGAUACUUAUUAUUGGGCCUGCAGCCUCGCUUCUUUCUGGCUUGCAGCCCAAUUUCAUACGGGUCCCUUGGGCCCUUGCUCUUUUGGGGAUGUUUUAUUCUAAUUCCCAGCCCCAGCCGGGAAGCUCCACCAGUUCAUUCACAGAUCACUUUCCCUUUAAGCAAUUUUCCCCAAUCCGCCAGCUUCCCAGACUCCCUUUCGUUCCCGACAUCACUUGCAGUCUCUAAGAGCACCACAUCUCCCAGAAAUCUUAGUGGCCAAGGGGCUACCCUAGGGAACUUCAAGUACCGAAAUGCUCUCUUAUCCGUCUCGGUGACUGCCGUAGUGACCGGUGGGGCUUGUAGUCACCUCGGAAUUGUUAGGUGACGAAAAAAACUACUCACCCCAAGUGUCCCUGCGUCAGAGGCGGGUUUCUCUUCUGUAUCGCUCUCCUCUCGCCUAAAUCCUUCCUCGGACUCCAACUCCCGCCGUGUCUUGCGCUGAGAUCCCUGCGGCAAAUAAUCGGGCUGUGGCCAAAGUGUUCUCUGGGAGUUGUAGUUCCUCUAUUGGUGAGGCAAGGAGGAGGCGGAGUGACUCGGCGGCCAUUAGCUGUGUGUAGUUGCCCGGGACUAGGAGCUUAAGUGAAGAGGGACGCCUUGUCGGUGGAAAUCAGCCGUAGCCAUGAGCUUCUGCCGCGGCUAGCCCUAGAGUACGGAGCAGGUGGACUUUUCAAUUCCCCGCCCCGCCGGGUGGCGGGGCCUACUAGGCCUCCGGGCAUCCCCGGUCUCAAGUAGGCCUCAUCUGCCGGCAAGGGCGCCCCAAACGCGGGAGGCGCCAUGUCGCUGGUUGCUUACGCCAGCAGCGAUGAGAGCGAGCCGGAUGAGGCUGAGCCCGAGCCGGAGGAAGAGGAGGCGGUGGCCCCUACAUCUGGGCCCGCUUUAGGGGGCUUGUUCGCUUCUCUCCCUGCGCCCAAGGGCCCGGCCUUGCUGCCUCCGCCCCCUCAGAUGCUGGCCCCAGCCUUUCCCCCGCCGCUGUUGCUUCCCCCACCCACCGCAGACCCCAGGCUUCAGCCUCCUCCCCCCUUGCCUUUCGGCCUGGGAGGCUUCCCCCCACCUCCAGGCGUGAGCCCGGCUGAAGCGGCGGGAGUUGGGGAGGGACUGGGAUUGGGGUUGCCCUCGCCCCGAGGCCCUGGCCUCAGUCUGCCCCCUCCAAUUGGCGGUGCCGGCCCCCCGCUGGGGCUUCCCAAGCCAAAGAAGAGGAAAGAGCCCGUGAAGAUCGCGGCGCCGGAGUUGCAUAAAGGAGAUUCAGAUUCUGAGGAAGAUGAACCCACAAAGAAGAAAACUAUCCUUCAGGGAUCUGGCGAGGGGACUGGUUUGUCUGCCUUGCUUCCCCAACCUAAAAACCUGACUGUGAAAGAGACUAACAGGUUGCUCCUGCCCCAUGCCUUCUCCUGCAAACCCUCGGAUGGCUCCCCUGAUACUAAGCCCUCCAGACUGGCUUCUAAGACCAAGACUUCCUCUCUUGCCCCUGUUGUGGGCACCACAACCACCACUCCGUCGCCCUCUGCUAUCAAGGCUGCUGCCAAGAGUGCUGCCCUGCAGGUGACAAAGCAGAUCACGCAGGAGGAAGAUGAGAGUGAUGAGGAAGUAGCCCCCGAAAACUUUUUCUCCCUCCCUGAAAAGGCCGAGCCACCUGGAGUUGAGCCAUACCCUUACCCCAUCCCCACUGACCCUGAAGAGCUGCCUCCAGGCACGGAACCAGAGCCGGCUUUCCAGGACGAUGCAGCCAACGCCCCCCUUGAAUUCAAGAUGGCAGCAGGCUCAAGUGGGGCCCCUUGGAUGCCUAAGCCUGGGGAUGACUACAGCUACAAUCAGUUUUCCACGUAUGGCGAUGCCAAUGCUGCUGGUGCUUAUUAUCAGGAUUAUUACAGUGGUGGCUACUAUCCUGCACAGGACUCGGCCCUGGUCCCACCCCAGGAAAUUGCCCCAGAUGCCUCCUUCAUCGAUGACGAAGCAUUUAAGCGGCUGCAGGGCAAGAGAAACCGAGGGAGAGAAGAAAUCAACUUUGUGGAGAUCAAAGGUGAUGACCAGCUCAGUGGGGCCCAGCAAUGGAUGACUAAGUCAUUGACAGAAGAGAAAACCAUGAAGUCAUUCAGCAAAAAGAAAGGUGAGCAGCCAACAGGCCAGCAGCGGCGGAAACACCAGAUCACAUAUCUUAUUCAUCAGGCCAAGGAGCGGGAGCUGGAACUGAAGAACACCUGGUCAGAGAACAAGCUCAGCCGCCGUCAGACCCAAGCCAAAUAUGGAUUCUAGGGCUCUGGAACUGAUUGCUCCCAGGAUCUCCUGCCAGCGCAGCUGGCCUGGCCCCCAGCUUCACCUCUGGGACCCCAGCUGCUCUAAGCCCAGGAUCUCUUUCCCCAAGGACCCAGCCCUCGCCUCUGCGAGAAUGAACAUAUUUGAUAGAUUUUUCUUAACAAGUUAGAAAAUUCAGCUCCUGUCUGUCCUGGAGCUAGCAAAGACUUGUGUGAUGCCUCUGAAGGGGCUCUGAGUUCUGGGGUGGGAGUUUUGCUCCCUGUCAGGUGUGAUGAAAUGUCGAACCCUCCCCACCACCACUUUUUUUUUUUUUUAAACCAGGGAUGUCUGUUGAAAUAAAACAUUCAGUCUGACAAACA